CUUUAAUCAGCCUCGCCAACCUCUUAUAACAUACAACCAACCUGCCCUUGGCUCAAAACCAAACGCUCUGGUUGGCACAGCCAUACCACACCAUACCUUCCGAAUCAUCCUUCAUUUGUACUCUUCAUAUUGUCUCCUACACAUACAUCACCUUACGGAUAUCAUUCACUAAAGUCAAGAUGGAGUCCUCACGCGGCCCUCCAAGGGUCAAGAACAAGGCCGCCGCGCCUAUUCAAAUCUCUGCCGAGCAGCUGCUCCGAGAAGCAGUAGACCGACAGGAGACAUCCCUACAGGCACCGACUCAGCGCUUUGGCGACCUAGAAGAGCUUCAUGAGUUCCAGGGUCGGAAGCGAAGGGAGUUUGAGAGCUUCGUUCGCCGAAAUACGAUUAAUAUGAACAACUGGAUGCGCUAUGCUGCAUGGGAACUUGAGCAGAAGGAGUUCAAGCGCGCGCGGUCCAUCUUCGAGCGAGCCCUCGAUGUCGAUCCGACGUCUGUCGUGCUAUGGAUUCGCUAUAUCGAGGCCGAGAUGAAAAACAGGAAUAUUAAUCAUGCGAGAAACUUACUUGAUCGUGCCAUCACCAUCCUACCUAGGAUCGACAAGCUAUGGUACAAGUAUGUCUACAUGGAAGAGAUGUUGGGUAAUAUCCCUGGUACGAGACAGGUAUUUGAGAGGUGGAUGGCCUGGGAGCCGGACGAAGCAGCAUGGAGCGCGUACAUCAAGCUGGAGAAACGUUACGGCGAAUUCCAACGUGCCCGGGAUAUCUUCGAGCGCUUUACGAUCGUACACCCGGAACCGCGUAACUGGAUUAAAUGGGCCAAAUUCGAAGAAGAAUUUGGGACGAGUGAUCUAGUUAGGGAAGUUUUCGGCGCUGCAGUUGAAGCCUUGGGCGACGAAUUUGUUGACGAGAGGCUUUUUAUUGCUUACGCUAGAUUCGAGACGAAGCUCAAGGAGUACGAGCGAGCUAGGGCCAUUUACAAAUAUGCUCUGGACCGCCUCCCUCGCUCAAAGUCUAUGGGUUUGCACAAGGCGUACACGACCUUCGAAAAGCAGUACGGUGACAGGGAUGGUGUAGAGGACGUAAUAUUGUCAAAGAGAAGGAGACACUAUGAAGACCAAAUCAAGGAGAAUCCGAAAAACUACGAUAUAUGGUUCGACUACGCUCGACUAGAGGAAACUUCAGGUGACCUGGAUCGAGUGAGAGAUGUAUACGAGCGAGCUGUAGCGCAAAUCCCGCCGACGCAGGAAAAGAGGCAUUGGCGCCGAUAUAUUUACUUGUGGAUCUUUUACGCUAUCUGGGAGGAGAUGGACGCCAAGGAUAUUGACCGAGCGCGCCAGAUUUAUAAGCUAUGCCUCGACCUGAUACCCCACAAGAAAUUCACAUUUGCUAAGGUCUGGUUGCUAAGGGCGCAGUUUGAAAUUCGGCAAGGUGAGCUCACAACCGCACGGAAAACGCUAGGGCAAGCAAUCGGCAUGUGUCCGAAGGACAAGCUAUUCAAGGGUUAUAUCGAGUUAGAAUUAAAGCUAUUUGAGUUUGUGCGGUGUCGAACCCUUUACGAAAAGCACAUCGAGUGGAAUCCGGCCAACUGCCAGACGUGGAUCAAGUUUGCCGAGCUCGAAAGAGGAUUGGACGACCUCGACAGGACAAGAGCCAUUUUCGAGCUCGCUAUUAACCAGCCCGUGCUCGAUAUGCCGGAAUUGUUGUGGAAGGCAUACAUCGACUUCGAGGAAGAGGAAGGCGAGUACGACAAGACGCGCAACCUAUACGAGAGACUUCUGGAGAAGACAGAUCAUGUCAAGGUCUGGAUCAGCUAUGCGCACUUCGAGAUCAACAUCCCAGAAGAAGACGAGGAAGAAGCGGGCGAAGAGGAGGAGAGGCCUGUCAGCGAGGAGGCCAAGACCAAAGCCCGCAAUGUGUUCGAGCGUGCUCACAAGCGCAUGAAGGAGAAGGAGCUCAAGGAAGAGAGAGUUUCUCUGCUCAAUGCUUGGCUGUCGUUCGAGCGUACGCAUGGAUCGGCAGAGGACAUCGAGAAAGUCCAAAAGCAGAUGCCACGGAGGACGAAGCGCAGGCGCAGACUGGAAGACGACACGUUCGAAGAGUAUAUCGACUACGUAUUCCCCGCAGACGACGAACAGAAGCAAGAUCUAUCAAAGAUGCUUGCCAUGGCUCAGGCUUGGAAGCAAGGGGGCGGUGCCGUCAGCUAAUCGAGACGAAUGUGCGCAUUCUGUUCUUCGUGUAUCAGAUGGAAAUACCAUACAAAUCGACG